AUAUCAAUCACAACCUCAUAACUGAUAGCCGACACAUGAAAAUCAAGAUUAUAUGCAUGCGUACGACAUACAACACGUCUCCCAACUAAUUGUAGACGCACCAUUAACCGAUAAAGAUGUCUACGUCUGCAUCUUCAACAUCCAUGACCUCCUCGGGAAAUGCACAACACGAAGCAUGAACGCACGCGCGACAAUGUUGAUCGAUAAUGCAGGUUACGAGAUAAUGAGGAAAGGUUACAUGUCAGGCGGCAGUUCACAAUGUAUACACACCCGACCUGAGAAGCGGCGUGAAAGAUUUCAAGGAGAACCGCGAAGCAGAAUAUACUUCAAAAUCGUGAUCCAGCGGCUAAUCGCGUCUCCUAAGAAUCUCCAAGCAGACAUGUCUCGAGUUCCUCUUAUGGCGCCUAAUAGCACACAAGAAGUCGCGGAUCGUCGGAACAUGGUGAUGUUAGAGGCUGGGUUACCUGGCGAUUCGUGGACGUACUGCGUCGAGACAGAACGGUUAGCUAGAAGAUCGGAAUGGUUUCGAGCGAUGCUUACCGGUCCGCUUGCACCACCAGUAACGGACUCACCACCAUUGUUACGAUUGCAACAUGUCGACAAACGGGCGUUCGAUCAUUUCCUCAGAUACCUUCACGACGAACCGGUUAUUUUCAUAUCAGUGUCGACUGCCAGAGUUACGCUUGACGCUGCACAUCAAUAUCUGUGUUCUGAAUUAGUGAGGCUUGCUGCAACAUAUUUAGUGCAAAAAUUAGAAAAGUCAACCGUGCUCGAGAUCUAUCAGGGGCUCAGACUCUAUGCAAGCGAUUCGACACCCACCUCCGACAGAUCGCUAUACUCUCCGUCAGCACCACAGCCACCCGGAGACGAGGCCGAUGAAAUAGCGGCCAUAUGUACCGAUCUUUUGCUCAAGUGCCUGUUUGUAAUCGACUCGGAUCCAGCAGCGGUGCUGCGUCAAGAACGUUUCGAAGAGCUUAGUGUUCAAGAAGUGGCCCAAAUAGCACGCCGCGAUACUUUAGACCUCAGCAGUGAGUGCAUUCUCUUUUCGGCGUUAGACAGGUGGGCCGCGGCUGAGUGUCGAAGACAGGGUCUCGAGCCCGUACCGUUCAACAAGAGGGCUGUGCUCUCGGACGAAAUUUGCUUCAGCGUGCGGUAUCUUCUUAUGAACGAUCAGGAAUUUGUCCGCGGUCCCAUGGCGAGCGGUAUCCUAACUAACGAAGAGUGCGUGUACAUUGUUUCCAGGAUAUUAAGGCAUCCCGAGAAUUCGGUGGAUAGUAAUUUACGGAGUACCUCAGCUGUUCAUCCAUCUAUGUUAUCUGAUACGCCUAGAGCCGGCAGGUACAAAUGUGACUAUAAUAUGUUGAAGCCGGGCAAGAAGGAAAGACAGGAUAAUCGGAAAAAUAGACGGAAGGAAUGCGCCAGUCAAGGGCAAAGAACAUGCGCUAGGAUAGGAAACUGCUUCAUACAAGUCCUCUCUUGCGUAUUUGAUUAAUUGAUUCAUUCGUGAAUAUUUAUAUAGGCGAUUGGAAAUUUUUCAGAGAUUAUUUCUCACCCACCGACAAAUAUCCCAUCGUUCUUUCAUUAUUGUAUCUUUUCGGUUACAACUUUGGUGCGUGAAAUAAGAAUAUAAAGUGAUAUAAAUAAAAAAAAAAACGUUGCGAGCAACACGAAGGUUCAAAAGAAAUAACAUAAUAUUUUCAAGGAAUUAUGUUAUUUUAUAAUUAAAUUUUCGAAACUCAAUAUCCUAGCUAUUCGUUACGGUUAUCUUGAUUUGUGACAUCAACGCGACAGAAGUUAUGACAGAAAUGCGGAAAUACACGUUCAAAAUUUUUACAAAAUAUAUUGAAAUAAAAAGAUAUAUUCACAUAAAAUGUGACACAAUAU